UGAGUCGAAUUAAAUUAUAGACCCGAACUGGAUCAGUUUUCGCAUAUUCUUUAUCUAACAAUGAGCACGAAGUUCUACUAAACAAGUUAGUCGCCUUAAAUACAACGACUGCGCCGCUUCGCUAAUAGUGAGAAAAAAAUAUCCAAUUCGUUUUUCAGCCUUGACCUUUUUCCGUUGAUGACCGAGUACAUUGUCAGCAGAAAUUAUAUAAAUAGAUCAUAGGCUAUCGAUCGCCAUUGAAAUAGUCGUAACGAUAGAGACUACGCCAUUCAAACAAACGUUAUCUUUCUAACUUUUACGCGAAAACUUCGAUCCGACAUUUCCUGAUUGGUGCGGGGGGCAGAUGGUUGUGUCUAGGGAAGCUGAAUUCAUCUAUGUUUCAGUUUUCUAUGCAUCAAGAAUUUAAUGAAAUCUAGAAAUUGAAGCUCACAUAAUCGAAACAUCCCAAAUGGUUGACGAAUUUAAAUUUCUUAGUUGACCUAACGCUAAUCUUGAACUUUGGGAUUCAUGUAUCAUUUAAAAAUAAGACUGUGUGUGUGACCAAAAUACGACGGUUGCAUGACAACGAUCGAAUCGAUAUUUAAAUACACCGCGCACAACAAUUGAGCGAUCACUCGAGUUUUGCAGUAAAAAAGACCCGUUUUCAAAUGAGUUCAAGUUCGUCGAAAGUGAACGGAUUGCAAUUAAAAAAAUUGGGAUUUUAGCUUGAAACUUUGAUUUUGAAACUAUCAUUCUCAAUUUGAUUUUUGCAUCGUUUUUCCUGAAGUUUUGCAGCUUUGACGCUAUCAAUGCGGAAAUUUUGCAUAUUUUUUUUUUUUUGUACCAUGUGCACCGUGUUUCGAAAAAAUUGCACAAGACUGGCGUCAUGUGGAGUUUGUAGCUUGAAACUUUCCCUCAAAAAAUGCUUUUUUAUUCAACAUUGUGCGAUUUUUUUGCUAUCGAGUAAUUCGUGUUUGAACCGUUGAGUGCGUGUAGAUCAAUGACUUAAGAAUCGACGUGACUUACGUGUUCUCACAUGGUCGGCCGAAGUGUUAUCCGCACCAAGGGACAAUUGGGCGAUAGUAAAGUAUGCGAGAUUCAUCUCGGCGAAUUAUUGGAAUUCGAGAAAGCAACGAGAGAAGUAUCAAGAGUUGGUACAAAAAAAAGGAAAACGAGACAUGUCCGCAUUCAGGGCUUCGAAGCUGCAAAAUUCCAAAAAAAGAAACGGUGCAGAAAUCAAAUUCAGGACAACGGUUUCAAAGUUAAAGCUUCAAGCUUCAAAUCCCAAUUUUUCUCAUUGCAAUCCGUUCAUUUUCGACGAAGUUACACUCAUUGGAAAAUGGGUUUCAGUGAUUGAUUUAAUUCCUUUUGACGGCGAUUGAUUCGGAUAAAUUAACGUACUUGGCGAAGUUCUAUGCACCCGACGUUCAAUAUAUCUAUGUUUGUGGUGUCAAUAUGGAGACGAUCAGAAAAGCGCGAUCCAGGGGAGUGAUCCUGUGAACAGGGUGGCCUUGUUUGUUCAACGAUUUAAUCUCAAUGAAGCUCUCAGUACCAACAAAUGUCACCGAGACUCUGCGUAUUCAAAGUUAUCAUAAUGUAAAAUUGAAUCCACAUUACAAAAAUAGACACCCUACCCUUGGGUCGAAAAAACCUGAACUUUUAAUUCCAAACCUUCCGCCCUUCUGUGCACCUCAAAGACCGACGAUUAUGAUGCAGCCAGGACUGCAAUCUGCAAGUUUUUCAUUCUUGGAUAUUCUUUGUAAUUCAACAAGCGCCUCGUGUUACGUGGCUACUGUUGAUCCGCCGUGUGGCGUGCUGCUUCAUUUGAGGCGCCCUGAGGGUUUCUCUUUGCUUCCAGAUUCUGAUCCGCUGUCGUAGAAAUCCACCCUUGCGUGGGUCAUACGGUGGCCAACCUGAACGCUUCGCGUUGUUUCUUUACGACAAGAUUUGAAUAAUUUAUUUCAAUUGCUAAAUUCACAGUUUUCGUAUACUUCGCGCACAGAUGUAUUGAAGUUCGUUUGUUUGAUUUCAUGUAAAAUGACAGUUUUGAAGCGGAACGUCAAAACUCAAUACGGUGGACUCCUGAUUUCUAGCAUUAAUUAUUCGUACGUACGUAAUAAAACAAACAUUCAGCGAUGAACGUUCCUACGAAUCAGAACAUGCCUUCCAGCGAUCUCGGUCGAGUUCCGAAGUGAUUGUUAAUCCUACGAUCCUACUAUCCUUUACACUAUUUUCUCGGUGCGUUUCGCCCCGAAUUUCAUGAAAAUUUCCUUCGCUCUCUUCAGCGAGAACGUUCCGCCGUAUCCUCCGCCUCCGUAUGCAUAUUCGCCGCAAAAUAAUGAACGGAGAAACCAGAUGCAGGCUGUUCAAAUGGAGUACCCACCGCAACUUCCGCCGCUCUACAGAGGGCAAAAAGUGAGAAGUGGUCCCUUUACGAUUACGGUAACCGAUGAAAUGGUAGCAGAGCGCGAGAGAGAGAACCGUGAAUUGUACAGACAGUGGUUGGCCGAACAACAGGUGAGAAAUAUGUCCGACGAAGAGAGAGAACACGAGCAAUACGCGAGGGAGUUUAGGGCCGCCAAAAUAAGACGGCUCUUCGUCAGAAAAGUCUACUGUAUCAUAACCGCUGAACUUGCAUUCACGGCUGGCUUUAUAGCGUUUGUAUUGUACACACCAUCCGUCAAGCAGUGGGUACUGAGGAACUGGAUCUUGGCGAUCGGCGCGACGUUCGUAUACUUGAUCACGUACGUGGCACUAACCUGCGUUGAACGGGUCAGAAGACAAGCACCCUGUAACUGUAUAUUGAUGUGUUUGUUGACGCUCGCCCAGUCUUACGGCGCAGCCUACGCAUCGGCCCACUAUAACGUGGAAUUGGUGUUUCUUGCUUUGGGGAUGACCGCGCUCGUUACCGUCGUUGUAACCAUGGUCGCAAUGUUCGCCAAGUUCGAUUUUACGAGUCACUCCGGAAUGGUAUUAAUAAUAUCCGUCGCUAUCCUCGUGAGUGUCCUGGUAUUGGCGUUGGUCGGAAUGUUCACGAGAAUAAAAAUUUUAUGGGUCAUAUGCGCGGCUCUCAUCGUACUCCUGAUAUCAGUGUAUUUGUUUUACGACACGCAACUUCUCAUGGGCGGACGCGGCGUCGAGCUCAAUCCCGACGAACACAUUUACGCCGCGGUUCAAAUUUACGUCGACGUCGUUUUCAUAUUCAGGUACCUCCUGAUGUGUCUGGGUUGCAUGGGAGAUUCGUGAACGCCGACCACGACGGAAACGUCCAUUAAAUUUCGACGGACCAAUCGACGACGUGUAUAAUUUGGAACCGAUCGGAAUAUGAUGUAUGUCCUUUGUAAAUAAGUGCACUGCACGUACACACCUGAAGUCUCGGAUUGUAUGCGAUACACAUGGCAUGAAUGUACGUAAGUUAUAGGUAUAUAUUAUGUAUAAAAUGAAUGAUGCGUAAAAUUUUAUUAAUAGGAAAUAAUGUUUAUUAUACAGUUUACAUUUGUAAUUAACUUCAUUUAUUUGACUUUUGUUAUAAAUUUUAUCUUAAUAAUUAUAUUAUGCCUCUGCCGAGCGAAUGCGAAUGCCUUGUUCAAUGUGCGCUUAGACUAUACAUAAUAAUCUUCGUAAAACGUAAAAACCUCCUGUUCGCAAAACUCCCUCCCCCCACCCCCCUCCCCCCCUACCCGCCCCACCCAACCCCUUGAUAAUCCUUCGAUUAAGAAUCGCCAAAUUAUGUCGCACUGAAAACGGCACGCAAAUCGCUCGGCAUACAAAUAAUAUACAUAGUACUGUCGACGUAAUUAAAGUAAUUGGCGGUUCUAUUCAUCUUCAUUUACUUUAUAC